GUGAAUUUGUAGGAGCCCUGCGCGCUGCCAGGACGAGCUGAUGUGCGCGCAGCAUCCAGUGCGCGCCGGUGGUGAUGCUGACGCUCCCGUGUGACACAGCCCGCUGCGUUCCUGGCACACAGAGCGGGAGGCAUCAGUUUGUGAACCCGCGGCUCAGCCCCUGCGCUCCGGACGCGCCCGUGCACAUCCACCGCUCAGCCCAGAUAAGUUGAGGGGGAGAUGUGAGGAAUCCUGCCGCACGAUAUUCCUGAGGAUCUCUUCUUUCUCUCCCUCCCUCCCUCUCUCUCUCUCUCUCUCUCUCUCUCUCUCGCUCUCUCUCUUUCUCGCUUCUCUCUCUCUCUCUCUUCUCUUUCCGUGUUUUCCCCCCUCUCUCCUUCAACUUCGAUGGCUUGAGUGGCCCAUUUGCACUCAUGCUCGCAGCCGAGGAGGAUGUAAGGUACGGGCCAUCCACCGCCCUCACAUUGCGCGGACCACCGGCGUGAUCCAGGUCGCCGUCUGAGUGCCAGAGAAAGAAAGAAAGAAAGGAAAGGAAGAAAGAAAGAAAGAAAGGAAGAAAGAAAGAAAGAAAGAAAGGAAGAAAGAAAGAAAAAGCAAAAAAGAGAAGAACUACUUUCGACAUGUGAAUGAUCGAACAUUUGCUUCACUCACUCCACCGGCUCGCCUGUCCUAUGCUACCGACAACGGGAUUUCAAACGGGAAAUGAUUGUGGCAUUAUAAACUACUUCUGGGGACGCCUGUCACAGAUCUCUGCGCUGAAGUGGACAGGGUGGAUGGUUAUUUCCCACACACUUCCAGCCUAUGUGUGCUGCAUUCAUCUGUUGGAAACGCCGCCUAGUAUCUUCGACAACAGAGGAAUGCUGGUCCAAGAUCUAAUGCCAUUCACUUUAAGUUGUUGGCCUUUAUUCUUCGGUCACUGCCUCCUCUCACUGUUUUUACUCUCAUGCCAGGGAGAACUCCAGAGGUCAUGCUCACGGACUGUGGCGGAGAAAGUUAGUGAACAGUGCCAGCUGGCAUGCCACUGUAGAAGAUACCCUCCCCUGCCUCCACCGCCACCUCCCCCGCCUCCCCCGCGGCUACUGGUCACCUCAGUGCCGGAGCCCAUGGUGCCCUUGUUGAGGCCCUGGUGGAUGGAGAUGGACAUUGCGGUGCUUGGAACGGUGGGCUGUGCCUCAUUGGUGUUCCUCCUCUCAGCCAUCAUCAUCUGCUACAAGGCCAUCAAGAGGAAACCACUACGGAAAGAGGAGAACGGGACGAGUCGCGGGGAAUACGCCAUGAGCAUCCGCAAGAAGAAGGCCAUGGGUACCAACAACACUGUGGUAUAGACUGUCUCCCGGUGGACGCAGGAAGUGACAUCACCAUGUACGUCUCUCACCUCAACCCCCCCCCCCCGAAUACAGCGAUCCCUUCUCACCCAGAAUGCAACAGGGGUUUUAUUUUCAACCCGAGGUAUUCAAAUACCGUCCCUAUUUGCUUGGCAUGUCGCCCGGACUAAAGACACCAUUCAGCUCGGGAGGAGCUGCAGAAGACGGAAGGAGGAAAAAAAAAGUGAAGGCAGAAAGGACGGAGAGAAAAGGUCCACAAGCCCCCAUGGUGUCCAAAGUGGCACAGCAGGCUGAACAGUAUGCUCUUAGUAGCAGCAAGUGUUGUUGACAGGCUGGUUGGCUGCUGGCUGGAGAGGGACUGUCUGCCAGUCUGCCGCAGAUCCAGACCUCACACACUGUUGACAUCUGCAACGGAACAACAGACAAUACAGCAGCCCCCGCGCUCCCAUGGGUGGCUCGACAGGACGCCCCCUUACACCCCCCCCCACCCCCUCAAACACACACACACACACACAUACGAUACAUAACGUGCAUGCAGUUUUUACAGAGAAUGCAACAUUUUUUAUAUUCCAAUCCUCACACUGUUCAUCUUUGGUUCUCCAUUUCUGAGACAGAUGCUUUGUGAGAGGCAUGAUGUUCCUGCUGGUCCUGGCUCUGAGAUGUGGAUUCAUCUGACUAUGCAAUUUAAAGAAAUCCAUAUUAAAGAACCAAAAAAAACACAAAAAAAAAAGAGGAGCAGCAACAUCAACAUGGUUGUUUUACCAUGCCAAAAAUGCCACUGAAGACUUAGGCUCAAAUGUAAUAUACUUCAGUCAUUCAUCUAUUUAUUUGCUCUAUUUAUUUACUUAUCUACCUUUGAAUUUAUUUUUCUACUCAAACGGGAAAAAAAAAGGAACUGUCUUGUACGUUACUCGCAUCUCGAGAAAUCUUGAACCUCUCGAUGAAUCCAUUUUUAUUUCUUGAUAGCUCUGUUUUUUUUAAGUGAAUAAUUUAUAAAGCAUAUAAUUCAUUUGUGAUGCUCCGAUGCUUCGAGCCUGCUGUCGCUUUGUCGAGACACUGAUGCAGAAAACGCGCUUGCUCUGCAAAGAGUUCUGGUAUCGGUUGUUUUGUCUCUGGGUGUUUGAUGAUGCUUUUCUCUGUUUCCCUGAGACGUCGGCUGAAGUGCGAGGGGUCUUUGCGAUGUGCUCUGUGAAUGUGUGUUCUCAAAACAUUAUUUCUGUGCCGCAUCGUACGCAAGUCCCCGUUUUUUCAUUUGUUACGUCAAAGCAAGCCCCCCACCAUCACCACCACCACCACCACCACCACCGAGAAGUUAAUGUGCUAUCACCGGUCAUCUGUUAAUUCUUGUUGUUUUAGAGUCUUGGGGUCAGCGAGAUGCCUUCAGCUGUGUUUUGUGGAUUGGAUUCGACAAUCUUUGUUGUGGUGGGGGUCUUUUUUCUGUCCGUCAAGAGGGGCUUAGCCCAUCACUGUAGAAACAGGGGACAUGAGCCCAGGGCUGACCUUGUGACUGGUGAGAGACAGGAGACUUAGCCAAUAGCCAGAGAUCAGGUUGCACAGCGGAUGGCCUCGGCAGGGAUGUGUGUGUGUGUGUGUGUGUGACUCAGUGCUGUCACAGGCAUCCUCCACAUCCCCGCUGGAAAAAAACACAACUGAGCUGAACUGGAGCAUCACUCUACGCUGCUGUGCUUUUUUACAUUAAACCUGCGUGUGUCUGGGCAUGCAUGCAUGUUUGUGUGUGUGUGUGUGUGUGUGUGUGUGUGUGUGUGUGUGUGUGUGUGUGUGUGUGUGUGUGUGUGUGUGUGUGUGUGUGUGUGUGUAGAGAGAGAAGAGAGAGUGCGUGUCUCUGUCUGUCUUUCCAUCUGUGUGUGUAUGAGUGUGCAUGCAGAUGAGUGUGCUCUGAGAGUGGGCUGCACUCUGUGGCUGUCGGUUAAGUAUAGUCAUUGGCUAAACUGUGGAAAUUUGGGAAAACACAUGCUUGCAUCUAAACAUGCACAGGUAUUAGCUAACAGUAUACCCCAACAUGUACCUAUAGGAGAGAAAUGAUGGAUGCAUGAAUGUAAAUAUUGAUAUUUAAAUAUCUGCCUUCUGGACUGUUAAUUCAUGUACAGUGUAACAGAACAUAUGUUUAUACAUAGCGGAACUUAAACAAUGUGCUACCAUUUAGAAUUAUGUCAAUGUUGUCAUGUUGAUGGAGCAAGCCAUUAAUGUAUAUAUGGCAAUCAAUAGUACAUACACAAUUUAUGCAUUAUACCAAACAGAUAGAGAGAUGUGUAUAAGUUGAUUUCAUUGCUGAGUUUUUCAGUUGUAAAUAAAACUGUACAUAAUGACAGAC